CUGCAGGGGAAUCCCCUCAUAGCAAGCUCCACGCUGGAGUUUUUAGUUUGAAGCCAGUUUGUGGGUGCGCGCGUUGUUUUGGUUUGAUUUGGGUUUUGUGCGAGACACUCGCAACUCCUCACGGCAAGACUCUUACAAGAGCAACGAAAAACUGUUUGGGGAAAGGAGGUCGGUGAAGUGAAUUUUUGCAAGUAUAUCCGCGAGUCUAAUACAGGCCAUGGAAGAAAGUCAAGAAUUUGCUGAACUGUGGCAGCGAAACCUCAUUUCCUCUCCGGAUGGAGGCACUGGCUGGGACUUAAUCAAUGAUGAGCAGUAUCUUUCAGGCUCUUUCGACCUGAAUAUAUUUGGAGAUGUGGUGAAUGAACAGCCACAGUCCUCCACCUCCCCUCCGACCGCCUCUGUUCCUGUUGCCACUGAUUAUCCUGGGGAACAUGGCUUCAAACUGGGCUUCCCGCAAUCUGGCACCGCCAAGUCUGUCACCUGCACGUACUCGUCUGACCUGAAUAAGCUCUUUUGUCAACUGGCGAAAACGUGUCCAGUUCAGAUGCUGGUGGAUGUUGCCCCUCCCCAGGGCUCGGUGAUCAGAGCCACAGCUAUAUAUAAGAAGUCCGAACAUGUGGCUGAGGUGGUCCGUCGAUGUCCCCACCAUGAGAGAACCCCAGAUGGCGAUGUAUUGGCUCCUCCUGCUCACCUUAUCCGAGUGGAAGGAAACUCACUUGCUGUUUACAGAGAGGACGACAUAACCCACAGGCACAGUGUGGCGGUUCCCUAUGAAGCUCCUCAACUGGGAGCAGAAUGGACAACUGUUUUGUACAAUUUCAUGUGCAAUAGCAGUUGCAUGGGUGGCAUGAACCGCCGACCCAUCCUCACGAUCAUCACUCUGGAGACUCAGGAAGGUCAGUUGCUGGGCCGCAGGUCUUUCGAGGUGCGUGUGUGUGCGUGCCCAGGCAGAGACAGGAAAACUGAGGAGAGCAACUUCGGGAAAGACCAGGAGACCAAAACCUUGGGCAAGACCCCUUCUACCACCAAACGCAGCAUGACUAAAGAAUCCUCUUCAUCCACACCGCGAUCUGAGGGCAGUAAGAAGGCCAAACUGAGCGCGAGCAGUGAUGAUGAGAUCUAUUACCUGCCGGUUAGGGGAAAAGAAAGAUACGAAAUGCUGAAAAAGAUUAAUAACGGUUUGGAAUUGAGCGACAUGGUACCUCCAGCUGAUGUGGACAAAUACCUUCAAAAAUUAUCCACCAAGGCCAAGAAGGAUGGCCAAACACCUGAGCCUAAAAGAGGCAAAAAACUAAUUGUUAAGGAUGCGAAAAGUGAUUCUGAUUAGGAUGGUGGGAUGCUAAACAAAAAAAGAAAUCAAUAGUUACAUCUUUUUUGACUGCCUUUCUUUUGCCUUUGAACAAAGCAGCUUGUCAUUGGGAGCUUUUGAUGAACUGUGGAUCAAUGAUCCCUCAGUCCAGUAUGUCAUUUUUUUUAUUUUUUUUUUUUUAUCUUCUUCACUCCACCGGGACCUUUUAUAAGUCAGCUGAUCCAGAAUGAGUAAUGGCAGGGUGUUGUAGGGUUCGUACUUAAUCGCACUGGAGGAGCAAUACUGACCCAUCAUUUUGCUAACCCGAUAAGUGAAUGUCCAGCAGUUAUUUUUAACAAUGUUGGGUUUUUCCUGUUGUAGGUCACAUGGUCAACAUGUAGUUUCUGCUCACUGAUUAGACUGUAAAUUUGUCACUGACUUACUGGAUGUCCACUCUGUUGAAAAUGUAUUAAUGCCAGUAUUUUGUAACCUUUUGUGUAACCAGGUUUUUUUUAAGAAGGCUAUUACUAAUUAGAUUAAACCAGCAGAAAUGUUUACAAGCCAAAUAACUAUUGUAAAGUUCUUGAAACAAAAUGAUAGUAACACUCUGUUUUGUAUUUGGAAUCCCUUUUUAUUAGGUUAAUGUCCGUUGAUAUUCAUAAGUAAAUGAAAUCGACAAGAACUCAGGGCACGUUUGAGUCCUUCCUGUUAAUCUUGAGAAAACUAUUUGACUGUUCCAAUUUGAUCUAUAUUUUAUGCU